AUGGAGCCCCGUGGGCGCGAGACCGCCGCUGGGCAGUCAGCCCUUUUGUGCAACAGGGUCAUUGCCUGUACUUCCGAUGUGUUGUGCAUGCGUAGGGUUCCACGAAGUGUGACGGCCGUGUUCUCCAGUUGCAUUGAUGUGUGUCUAGGUUGGCUUUUCCCUGACGAGGGCAGAUGGCGUCGAACGAACAAGAUUGUUGAGCCUCUUUGGGCAACGUUUGUGUCAUGCAGAACUCUGCUCUGGCUCGCGUCACGUAGAAGAUCGCAGCACGCCUGGAAAGCAGCUCUGUUGCUAUCGCCCCGUCACCGCGCGGCACUCUGGAGGGAGGACCGCCCGAGACAGUGGGGCGCUCAGGAGCUCCGGGCUGCAGUCGAUGAUCUGUUAUCUUUGCAGUUGCUUGCCGUGCGCCUUCCCACCGUUGCUCAUGUCGCCUACGGUUCCCCAGUCGACUCUUUGAUGGGUCUGUAUGCCUGGGUAGGCGACCCGGGUUACUACGUUGGCAUCGCGCGUGCGUGCAGAAAAAAACAGCAGAACUCCACAGGGGUCGCGUGCAGGUGGCUUGAGCACAUGACAUUGUUGUUGCGCCGUCACGCCAGCGGUGCGGACAAGGUCCGGUACAAAAUCAUGCGCCGCUCUCACCCGCAGGACGUUCAUUUUUUUGUGGCACGUGCUGGAGCUGCGGACCGGAUCCGGUCGAUGGAGCGGUGCGAGAUCUUGAGCCGCAGGCCGAACGGGAAUGGCACGAGUUUUCACAUACUGUAUUGCGAGGCGGUCCGGCAGACCUUCACCAUCUUUGGCACCAGGGGCCCAAUUGACAUUUACUCUCCGCGCCAUUCUGCGCUGCUCCUGCAAUGGAGCGGCAGCAAGAGUGGAACCAUCGAUUGGAAGCUAUUGGAGAAGAAGUGGCACGUCGACAGUGGCCCCGUUGCCUUGGCCUCGCGCCUGCAUGGGGUGACUGGCCAGGGGCGGAAAAUGGUGGCCGCUCGACGCGUCAACUGGGAGCUCCGGGCCAGGGGUCUGCCGCCGUUGGAGGGCACAGUCGUCUACGCCCCUUGGCCGGCAGCUUUACCAGCCAUGCGAAGCGCAAUGUGCGUUGCCAUCCGGUUGCGCGACAUUGAGCGCCCCCCGUCUGAGCUAACAUGGUUGCUUUCUCACGUCAGGAUUGUCGCCCGUGCCCCGCCCAAGUUUCGGGCGCAAUGGAACGCCCCUGCGGUCAGCAAGCGGCUGUGCGCCGAUGAUCUGUUGAACGUCGAUUCCCGUUCCCUGGCGCAUGCUGCCGACGGCAUCGGCAUGCGCCGGAUCGAUCGGGUAUGGGACGUUACGGUAAGGUGUAGCCAUGAGGACAUGCUUGCAUCUCUUCGCUCUCACGUUGCGCGUGCCUGCACCCGCUUGUGCCUUUCAAGUUCUGUGCACCAGCAGGCUCGUUCCGUCGCGUGCGACCGGUUGGCCACGAGCCGCUCCUUCCGCCUCGAGCAGAAGCGAUGGCAUCGAUCGCAAUCGUUGUAUGACCAGUAUACAUCCGACAUGCACGUGCGUCCGGACGAGGCCCUCGUUCCGGACGAUAAGUUUAAGAAGUACAUGUGGCUCUUGCCAUGUAUUGCUUACCAAUGGUUAAUCUUGUCGUUCGCAAUAUCCGCGCCCGCUUGGCGUCUUACAUGUCUUGACUGGGCAAGUGCGAAUGACUGGUGCUGGAGUGUACUUGAUGAGCUCUUGACUCCGUCCGUCAAGGCCUUCGUGUGUUUCCACCGAUAUGCUCGUGUUGUUCCUUACAUGUAUGGCACCGUCAAGUCAAAGUGCUUCCGCGGCGGCGUCCGCGUAUGCACCCGCGCGGGCCACUCGUGCUUGCGGAAAGUCGUGUCUUUCGCCGCAUGGCCCAUGCGGCGCCGGUGGCGAUACAUCCACCGCGCGCUGGAAACGGUGAUGCGGGAAUACGGUGGCGGCGACGAAGUGUGGUCACUGCGGGAGGCUACCCAAGUCAUGAAUGCACGUAUCCAGGCCGCCCGCCCCACGUCAGUGCACCGGACUUGUGCCCGUUGCCAGAGGGCCAAGGUGGCGUCCACGGCCGUUGUUGCAGAUGCGGGCCAAUUUUUCGAAGCCGUCCGACCGCGCGAUGCCAUCUGCGCCGCGCGCACCGUCCUCUUGCGCUGCCAGCGUGCCACAGGUAAGGAGGCCGUCACGGUCCUCAAGAACCAGAGGCGCGUGGCAUUCUUCGGCGGCGCUGGCGGCGUGCACGACGGUAAAAAGGUGUGCUUCAGUUUUACUGACUUGUUGCUUGCUUUCUCGGCGUGCAUGUUUGUGACUUUGUGCUCUCUAGGCGACAAGGUUUUCCAUCUUUCCGGGCUUCCGAUCGGGGGCGUCCUUUCGAAGGUUGCCGCCAGUUUCGUGCUGGGCCUGGAGGAGAACCGUUGGUCGUUGGACGUGGCGCGGCGGAGGUCCUUGGGUUUCGCUGCCACCAACCCCGCGUGGGACAGAGAAGUGGCCAGGGGCAGGUACGUAGACGACCUCCUCUGGGUGAGCUCUGUUUACUGCUGGGCGUGCAUGUGCGAGGCUGUUCAUGAAAUGUAUUCGGUGCCGUUCGAAAUUGCUCGACAAAGUCACGUUGCUGAUUGGCUUGACGUUCAGCUAGACCUCGCGAGCCACGCGUGGCGCAUGGCCCCCAAAGAGGUUGUGCUGCCGCCCCCGUGGGCCGCGUCCCGGGGCUACGCGCGCGGCCUGGUCCUGGGCCGGUUGCACCGUUGGUCCGAAGUCGGCCUGGUAGAAGCUGCGUGGGUGGAAGCAGCUGCGCACCUCAUGCUGCGCUUCCGGUCGGCAGGCUGGCCGAUGCGUGUCCUGAGGGCCGAGAUGGCGCCGCUGCUUGGGGCGCUCCUGCUCGCCUGCCCGGUCGCCGUGGCGGCCGGAAAGGGCGGCGGCGGCAAAGGAUACGCUUCGUGGGGGAGUUCAGGGAGCUCCGGUUCUGGCUGGGGCCAUGGGCGUGAAUGGGGUUCAGGACAGGGCUACCAGAGUGGCCUGGCCCACAAGGUAAAUGAGUUGUGCGAAGCUGUUGACAAGCUGACGAAAGACAGAAAGAAGAAGAAAAAGAAACGUGACCCUUCUAGCUCCACGUCGUCCUCUUCGAGCUCAUCCGAAAAGAAAAAGAAAAAGAAGAAGGGCAAAAAGGAGAAGAGCGGCAAGAAGGAGCGGAAGGUGCCGAAGUCCGGAGUAGACGAGGCGGAACGUAAGGAGCUUGCAGAAUUCCGGCGCCAGGCAGAGGUUCAGCGCAUCCGGGAGGAAGUGCUGGCGAGCGCGGCCUUCGUGCCCCCCACCGGCGGCGGUGGCUCUCAAGGAGGAGCGCGCCGUCAGGCCGGGGCUCCUCUCUCGCCCAAGACGCUGCGGGCCGUGCACGCGGAGACGCGCCUCAUGGAGCCCGGGGGCACCAUCAAGCAGCUGGUGUCGAAGGGUGCCGAUACGUGGACCGCGGUGCAGGAGGAGUUGCAGGCGCAGGCCCUCCCGGACGUCAAGAAGCUCCUUGGCCAGAUUCAUCCAGGAGGUGCCGACGCCGUGCCCCGGACGCGGCACGAGGCAGUCAAG